AUGUACAAGAACAGAUCUGAAGCCGACAAAGAAGCACAACGAGCCUACGUGCAAGAAUGGAAAACCAAACGGCUUGCAGGAAUGUCACCAGAAGAGAUCUGGGCAGAGAAGGAGGCAAAGCGAAACUACGGACGAGAAUGGAGGAAGCGGCGCAAGGAGGCAAUGUCACCAAAAGAAUUUGAGCAGGACAGAAUGAGAAAGCUUGAGCGCGCACGACAACGAAGGAAAACCCGAACAGAGGCAGAGAGAGUUGCAACAGCCGAAAAGGAAAACUUCUACAAACAACGACUGGCAGCUUCAAAAUCUGACGAGCAGAAAGAGGCCGAACGAGUUGCAUUGAACGACCAUCGCAGAGAGAAGAACAAAGCGUUGGAGGGCGAAGAGAAAGAAGCCAAGCGACAACAAGAGGCAGAGAUGGUGGAGGGCCAACCUGUCAAGAGAAGCAGGCGGAGCGAAAAGCCAAGAAUGCAGAAAGGGAGAGAGAGCGACGCAAGACUCUAA